AUGGUCUGCGACCAGCAUGACUGCUAUUGGUUGGCUCGUCGUGAUGACGGAAUCUCGAGAUGGAGCGAAGCGCUGUUGAAAGAGUUCAUAGGAGCGACAGCGCUUUUAUGUGGAGAAUACGGCACAAGGGCGAUCCUUAGCUCGGCUGGGCUCAAGGCUGGACGGGUGUCUGUUGGCGGUGAGAUUGUUCUCUUCGAGAAUAGUGACAGCCCUGUAUGCGGCCACUUUGUUUACCCCCAACACGCCUCUGGUCAGUUCGUCAGUGCGCCAGACCAGAAGGCCGCGUUGCACCUGUUGUGUAUGAAGUGGCUUGCAGGUCUCUAUCCUGAGGCUGCUGAUAUGAUCAUGUCGGUAUUUGCGGAUGAUGCCACUAUUGGGCAGUUAGCGAUCUUUGGCGGACCUGAUUUCCUCCAUGAUUCCAAUGUGGAUGCUUCCGCGCUGAAGAUGAGGUUGACUGCUGCGGUGCUUCCAUUUGUCGAUGACAGCCCGUCAUUCUCCCCAUGGAACAUACCGGACCUGGUACACGAUUAUGUAUGUAAACUGCGCUACGUAUCUGCAGGAGCGGUGGUUCCGUUUGAGGACGACCUCGCAGUCAUCCGAACGAUAGAAGUUGGAACAGGAACGACAGAGGUCGAGAACAGGCGCAAGAUUUUGCACGGAACCUUAUGUCACACGGCUUUCGUUAACGUCGACCUUACUUUCGAACAUGGUGAUGGUUGGUGCGGUGUUGGCGGUCGCGGCGACGUUGAUGGAAUUACAAGUACAUUGUCAUCGUGGACCAAGCUUGGCGGUUAUUCCAAGCUCGGAGGAGAGGCCUCCCAGGUCACCGGUGCCGAUGCGGUUAAGUAUCUCAUUGAGAACGACUCAAUGCAUUUCAUGCUAAUCUACGAGAUUUUCACCGGUGCUGUGUCGAUAGAGGCGUGGAGCUAUGAUGACCCCCAUACAGUGGCCGCUUGUUUGUCUAGAACUUGCGUCCGUGGAUCGGGUGGCUUCGCCUUGGUACUGCGAACUAUAUCGGACUCGCCGGCAGCAGAGGCUCAACAGCUUCUUCCUCCCUUGCCUAAGCUAAGCAAAUUCGACAUUUUGGGUAAGCAGAAGUCUAAGUGGCUGCGCGAAGUUGGGAAUGCUAUAUCGAAGUUACCACUCCCGCCGCACUUCGCUUCACCAUGGCGAGCCAAGACUUCUGUCCCAUGCCCAGAGCAAUGGCUGUGCGCACCGUUUGUGGAGUUUUUCGACUGUGAUCGGCGCGAGUUCGACUGCUAUGGGGGCGGCUCCGAAUUUGCCGCUCGGCCUCUGGAGAAGAUAGUGACUGCGAGCUGUUUAAUACGAAGAGGCGGCGGCGUGGGAGAGGCUCCGGCCACGUCCCAUCUCGAUCAAGUGGAGGAAUUGUUAGAAGCUAUCGGUCGCAAUGAGGCCUGUAGGAGCCCAGUGUCGAAGAAAUGGGUAGAGAGGAUGAAAGCCGACAUUGAGAACUUCAAUCAGAUGGAAGCCGACAAGGAGAGUUACUUCCUUAGCCAGAGUAUGGGGCGGGUGGUGGACAUGGCCACCAUGCAACUAGCGGAAGAUGUUGAGCUACUCGAUGUCCUGAUAGGAGGAGCUGUUGAGAUGGCUAAUGGAACGACGGUCUCGAGGGAGAAGGUGGAGAUGGUUUCUGGUCGGGAGGUCACACUCAACUUCUGCACCCUUAUCCGUUUGUUCACCGCCAACGAUGGUGCGAAUAUCUUGAAGCAGUUGAAGUCGCGAGAUCCUAGGUUAGAUGCUGCAGCGGUCUUCAAUGCUGUUGCCCAUGCCAUGUUGGUGACCACUCGCAUCGAGCAGCUAAGACGCGUACUGGAGUCGGCCGAGCGAGUGAGAAGUGAGGAGGGCGCGGCGGGUGAGAAGACGCUCUUGGAGCUGUGCGGUCGACGAUUCUACUGCAGUCCCGUCGUGAAUGGUCGCUUCGGUUACGACCCUCGUCUUCUCACAUGCGAGUUCCUCUUCGGCAUUCUACUGCGACAAGGGCAAGUGGAGCUUCUGGAUAAGUUCACAACGGCUGCGGCAGCUGAUGAGGCGAUGGUCCAUCAGAUGAUCAUGGGUGCUGGCAAGACUACUGUACUCCUACCCUUACUUGGUUUGAUACUCCGUAACAAACAGCAGCUCGUCGUUUGCUGUGUGGCUAGCUCAUUAUUAGAGUUCACUCGGGAGGUCAUUCGAGGUCGCUAUUCGUCACCGGUGAUCGCGGCUCCGCUUAUCACGCUAGACUUCGGUCGUUCUGAUAAUUGUGAUGAGAAGUUUGUGAGGAAAGUUCUUACGGCACAGCAUCGACAGGCCGUAGUGGUCGCAACACCACAGACGUUAAAGAGCAUAGUCCUGAAGUGGGCUGAACUUCGCCAGAGGCUGGUUGAUGACGACAUACUGAAAGCCAAUACUAGUGUUGGUCGGAAAGGCAAGAGGUUGCUAAAGAAGCUCAUCGGGAAGCACGCCGAUGAUAAGCGUCGACACCCCCUCAGUGAAAGCGAGCGGAAUGCCGUCGAACAAGAAAUUGUCCGCUGUUUGAAGGUCCUCGAAGUCUUCCAGGCGGGUGUCAUCCUGAUGGACGAAGUUGACCUACUCUUGCAUCCUCUCAAAUCGGAGCUGCGAUGGCCUCUUGGUGAGAAGAGACCGCUGGAUAUGACUGAGCCAACUAGCGAGGAUAAUCCUGAGGCGUCGGCUGGCCUGCGAUGGAAGCUCGCUUGGCAUAUUAUCAGCCCCUUGCUGGAAAACGUCGACUUGCUUGAGUUUUGCGACAUGAAGGAUGCUCUCGAGACCGCGGAGAAUAUCAAGAAAGCCCUGAGGCGAGGCAUCGAAGACGAAUGGCUGUCGGACAGGCCGCACCUUCUCCUCUAUGACCGUCAGCGCUACGAGCAUCUGCUAUUGCCAUGGCUAUGCAAGUGGACUCUGAUUUGGUUACGAUCUAAUUCGGUCGCCCUUGAAGUCACGGACAGCGCUUUGGUUGCCUUCCUUAAUGGUAACGACGAUGAGGCGACGAGCCUGUGCCGAGCGCUGGGGGAUAGAGAUGUGAAGCUCCUGCUGUUGGCUCGGCAGUGGCUGCAGACUAUUCUCCCCUUCCUACUAGGAAAGAGGUAUUUGAUUGAUUACGGUUUGCUUCCCUCAAGCUGGAUCACCUCAUCCACAUCUAAGUCACGGAGAUUGCUGGCUGUACCCUACGUGGGUAAAGACAGACCUAGCGCGACCUCGGAGUUCUCCCAUCCCGAUGUGCUUAUUGGCUUCACUCUGCUGGCAUAUCGUUGCAAUGGGUUGAGGAUGGCGGACUUCAAAGCGUUGCUGACGGACUCGCGAAAGGGCAUGCAGGCUGACGUUGGAAUCCCCCACUGUAGACGAGCCGACUGUCUGCGAUGGGUCCAGUGGGCGCGUGAAGCUGGCGCCCGAGUCCGGGGUUUCACUUGGGACGGCACACCGUUGAUCGACGUGGGGAAGGGAACGGAAAAGGACACUACUGGCACGGCUUGGCGCGAUUUCGACUCGAAUAUUGAUGGUAACGGUGAUGAUGACGAGAUGGAUUCCAUCAGGAACUCCCUGUGGCCGUUGGAGCUUGUUGAUCCUCGCGAUGAGAAUCAGAUGGAGAUACUAUGGCGCCUCAUGCGUCGGACAUCGCCUUCGGCUACCAUCCACUAUCUAUUCAAUGUAGCCUUCCCAGAUGCUCUCUCACACACUCCCAGCGUCCUGGUUGCUAGUGGCCAAGAGCUUGGUUCACCACUGUUGUUUCGACAUAGACUGGGCUUCUCGGGCACGCCCAAUGACCUCUUGCCAACCCAUAUGGGAGAGUGCCAGUAUGAACGAGGUUGUGAUGGACAUAUCACGGCUACUCUUACGGACACUGGUAUCGUUAUUGGGGAUGGAGGUCAGCUGGCAACGCUUCCCCCUGAGUGGACAGUAAAUGACCUGUUGAAGCAGGCUGCUUCUGUCGAGGGCGUCUAUGCGCUGAUAGACUGUGGUGCGCUGAUAACGGGAGUGAGCAACUUGCACAUUGCUCAGGAGCUUCUUCGUAUCUUACCAGCGGCAACCUUCGAUGCGGUCGUAUUCCUAGAUGACAGCUCUGAUCAGCGAUUGAUACUAGAGCGGUCGAACAACGGUAAAGCGAUUCCACUAGCAUACUCGGGAUUGGACCCGAGACGGCGCUUUACCUUUUACGAUCACAUUCACACCACAGGCAUGGACAUUGCCCAGCCGGCUGGGAGCAUUGGGAUGAUCACAUUGGGGAAGGAGACAACGUUCAGAGAUUAUGCGCAGUCAGCAUUCCGUAUGAGAGGGCUUGGAGGCACGCUAGGGCAGAAGUUGACACUUAUUACUACAGCGCAGGUGAGUAAGCAAAUCCUUGGCGAUCAACAGUCUUCUAUCUCUCAAGGGGAACUGUUAUUGCGAGUGUUCGCUCGUGUUUGCCUCAAUUCCAUCUCGAGUGUGAGCUCACAGUAUGUCCUGCUGUGUGAACAGAAUGUGGAGAAUGUGUGGCGUUAUGUUGCAUGGCGAAGGAUGGAGCAGGAUCCAAAGGAAUCUACCAAAUGCUUAUCCCUAUUGCGAGAGCCGGUAGAUCAUACCAUAAGCACAGAUCCAGAGGGGAGCAGUCUACACAUGGGUCUCUAUGAGAAGGAGAAGCGGAAGUUGGAAAGUUACUCUACUGAGUGGCUCAGUGACAUGCAAACGCGAAAUGAGGCGAAGAAGUGUCUGGAGGCUCUCGGCGAUGCUGUGUCGCGCGCCCAAAAAUCAUACGACAGCGCAAAUCUACAGUUGUCGGGCGAACAGGUUGAGGAGCAGGAGGAAGAGGAGGAAGAAGAGCAGGAGCAGGAGCAGGAGAUUCAACAGGAGUUGGAAGUGGAGACUGAACGGGAGUCCGCAGCUGAUCAGAAAUGCAACCGCGAUAAAGCCCCGAUCACACCGUGGAAUCUACGCCAAGUUUGCGAGGAUGCUAACGCGACGAUCAAGGCAUUCUACCCGGCGAAUCAACUGACCCUCUCGAACGGGGUGCUCGGGCAAACAGCUGCUGAGCCACUGCCCUUUCCGGUGGCUAUGAUGGUAUCGAACAAUUGGUAUCGACAGUCAUGGAAGAUGCAAGCUGGGGCUCGGCGAGUGAAGAAUGUCAUAGUCACAUUCGAGUUUGGACCGCCCCCACGAGGGCUUCCUGUGGACCCUAUUGAUCGCGAUGGGGUUUGUCGAACGGUGAAGAGCGCGUUGGAGGUGUUGGGCAUGGGUGUGAUGGCUAGUCUUGGGCGGCAAGACUUGGAGACUUUACUUGAUGGUUUGCCGAGCGACAUGACCGUUUCAGCUGGACUGACGGUUGAUGGUAUUCUGCAGCAACAGGAGAGCGUUACGGUGAAGGAGUUGUUGAAUCGAGUUGACUCGAUUGUGGCGAGGAUUGGUUCGAGUAUGGUGAACCUUAUUGACCUGGACGUCUCCCCGAAGCGAGCAAUGGCUUUGACGGAGUAUCUUUGCGAGCCGAGGUUGAGUGGAGUGGUAUCUCUGGUUGAAGCUGAGCACAUACGGGUUGCGAUGCAUCGUAUGCAGGACGAUGACACGAAUGUCUAUCGAGUCGGCCGUUAG